GUCUCUGACACCCCUUUACUACAAUGUAUAACGGCAUUGGACUCCCUACCCCACGGGGAAGUGGUACCAAUGGAUACGUCCAACGGAACCUAUCUUCAGUCCGACACAAAAAGGAUCGGACAGAUUACAAGUCUGAGGAGGAAUUAAAGAAGUUGGAAAAUCUCCUGGUGAAGAAACCUAACCAGGAGAUCUUGGAUCACGAGAGGAAGAGGAAGGUGGAAUUAAAAUGUGUCGAGCUUGAAGAAAUGAUGGAGGAGCAGGGAUAUAGCGAGGCAGAGAUCUCGGAAAAGGUUGCUACCUUCAGGUUGAUGUUACAGGAGAAAGAUUUGACUCAGAGCAAAGAGGAGGAGAAACAGAAAGCAAUUGCUUCAGAAACUCACCAGAUGGCCGAAGCCAAUGAAAAAAAGAAUGAGCGUCUUCGCGCAGCAUUUGGGAUCAGUGACAGCUAUGUGGAUGGCAGCAGCUUUGACCCCAACCGGAGAAAUGCUUCUGCACAAGGAAAGCAACAAGAACCACAGAAAUCCUAUAAUUUGGUUGCUGACUCUGCCAGUUCCCGAUCUCCCUCACCAUCGCCUACAAAACACAAAAAGAAGAAGAAAAAGAAGGAUCGUGGUCGGUCUUCCAGCCGCUCUCCAAGUCACAAGGAGAAGAAAUCAAAGUCUCGGAAACACAGGUCGGCUUCAGACUCCAAGAAGAGGAAGCACAGAUCCUCCAGUCCAAAAAGCAAACGCAAAACCAAGGAGAAGAAAAAGAAACGCUCUUUAAGUGCUUCUCCACGCCGUAGAAACGCAUCAUCCUCCUCAUCUGGUGGGACCUCACGAAGCAGAUCCAGGAGCAAGUCAGAGACCCGUAGGCACUCUAAUGCAGGAAGAGAGACCCCAGAGAGAAGGAGGUCCUCUUCACCCAAGAGAGACCGAAGAAGGGACCGUGGCAGGAGCCCGACAGAUCUAUCCCAGAAAGAUAAAACGACAAGGAGAGAUCCUGAUAUCAGAGAUCGAUCUACUUCAUCCUCUACUAAAAGACACAAGGAGCUUCGAAAUGUGCGAGAGCUGGAUAAAAAAGAUAAACCUAGAGACUCUAAAAUCGAGAAGACUUACUCGCGCAGUGCAGCUCGGGAAGAGUCCCCUGAUAUCAGCAAGGUGAACAAAAAGAGAGGAAGACCAGACAGCCCCGAAGAACACUCUUCAAAUGAAAAAGUUAGUGCACGUACUUCAAAGACCCAUUCACCAGGUCGUAAAACUUCUCCUACUGUCAAAGGGCAGUCCUCCAAAACAUCAAGCAGAAUUAGAAGUUUAUCGCCAGGUAGAAAAUCUCCAAAAAAAGUACAUAAAGAGAAUUCUCCAAGACAUGAGAAACUCUCACAGAAGAGACACUCGCCAGUAGCUUCAACCAGGAAACCUUCAGGAAGUGAUCGAUCAUCUUCCUCAUCCUCUUCAACUUCCUCUUCCUCCGUAUCAGAAAGUGAAAAAUCUGAUCAGGAUCCAUUCAAACAGGCUGGCAAAAUUCAAGUCAAAGAAAAGGAAACUAGAGGGUCGAGAACAGAACAACAUCAAGGAGAUAAGAGAGGGAGAUCGGUAACUCCCAAAAAGGACAUUCGAUCAAAGAACUCACCAGGCAAGCGGAGUUCCCACCAUGCUACAUCUUCGAAAAGUCCCCACAGACGACGCAAGUCAAAGAGCCCACCAGAGAGAAACCGAUCACUUUCUAAGAGCCCAUUAGUUAAGGAUCGAUCCAAAACUCCUGUACGCAAACUAUUAUCACAGUCUAUUACAUCACCAAGGAAGACGAGAUCAAAGACACCACAACGAAGAGCUAGGUCUCCCAAGAUUUUAGGAAAACCACGGCAGCCCUCUAGAACGCCUCCCAGGAGGACACGCUCUAAAACACCGCAGCGUAGGGCAAGAUCUAUUUCUCGCACCUCCCCACGAUACCGUAAGGAAAGAGUUAGAUCUCCACAGAGAUCUCCAUCUACAACGCCACAAAAGUCCUAUUCCUCUAAAAAUAAAGGAAGAUCAAGGUCUAGGUCACCCUUGAGACAUACAAUCUCAGGUGCACGGUCUCCAAGAAGAAAGGGUCGAUCACAUUCUAGGUCUCCCUAUGCAAUGGCAAAAUCACGCUCCCCUCUUAGGAGAGCUAGAUCACGAUCACCGUCAGUAAAGCAGAGAAAAAGAUCUCAUUCUAGAUCGCAACAGAAAAGGGCAAUGUCCCGUUCAGUUACACCACGUGGAAAAGGCAGAUCACGCUCUGAUUCAGUAAGGCGCUAUGGGAGAACACCUUCAUUAACACCAAAGGAUUCUAGAUCACGCUCCAGGACACCCUCUAAAGAUUUACGAGCAAUUGUAUCUAAACGCUCCAGAUCACGCACUCAUUCUCCUUCAAAGGACAGGUCUCGUUCCCUGACACCCAGAAAAAGGACAGAAUCUUCUUCUAUAACUAACAAGCCACAGUCUUACACUAAAUUCGUACAAAAGAGGAACACCUCUCCUAAAUCAAAGGAACGUCUUCAUUCCUCUAGAAAAAGGUCUUCAUCGAGAUCCAUGUCUCCUAUAGAAAGGUCCUCUUCUCAAAGCCCAGCUAGAAGGUCCCAUUCACGUUCUAAAUCUCCCCGAAAAUUAAAAGGAACACAGUCAUGGGUCACUCACAAAAGCAUUAUUUCUAGGUCACCUACACCUAGAAAGCAAAGCCAAUCUAAAACUACAAGUGGGAAGCCAAGUUCUAGCCGGAAAAGUUACAGUUCCUCCCCUGAGCCACGAGGUAAGCAAGGUACAAGCAGGCAUUCUCCUGAACACGUGAAAACAUGCAAAAUCUUGGCAUAUAAAGAUGCAACUCAAAAUAAAACACAUGGUAGGAGAAGCCAAUCAAAAUCACCUGUGUCACAAACUUUACAGAGAAACAAGUUGCCUGUUCCCUAUAGUAGGACUAAGUCUCCUGAGUGCAGGACAAAGCCAAAAGACUUGCACAGCAACUCCCAAACAAAAACAGGAAAUCUGGAUAAGUUGCGAUCAUCAAAGCAAAUGCGCAGUCGCUCUGACUCUUCAGAGCAUGAGGUUAGUUCAAAAGCCAAAGUACUGAAUGAUGGGUCCCGAUCCUCUCAUGAUCAUAAAAGUAAAUCCAAAACCAUUCAACAAAGAGAUAUGUCUGAUUCGCCUUCAGAACAUAAAUCUAGAGUAAGUUCGUCUCCGCCUAAAAAAAUGUCUUCAGGGCGAGCCCAGCCAAAAACACAAUCUGAUUCAUCUGAACAUGUUAAAGUAUCCAGCAAAGGUAAAUCUGGCACAUCAUCAGAAGGUGAAUAUAGGUCUAAACUAAAACCGAGAACUAGGUCAAGUUCAGAACAUGAUUCGAGCAUUAGUUCUGAGUCCUCUUCUGAAGAUGAAACUGUGAAGUCCUCCCGGCAACAGAGCAAGCGUGGUUCACCUCGUGAACGUGAAGCAAGGCAAAGUGUACAGAAUUUAUCUGACCGUGACAUUAGAUCUAAGAAACAUCUACAAAAGCAGAUGCUUGAAGAGUCUGCUGUAUAUUCUGUAAGUUCAAGACUUCCAGGUAAAGCUGAUUCAAAACGAUCAGAACAUGAUCUAAAAACUAGAUCACUUGAGCUUAGAGCUAGUUCAGGAUCCUCCUCUGAGCGAAAAAGCAGACCAUCUCAACAUAAAGAUAUUUCAUUGUCUUUGGGAGAAUAUCCAACUAGAUAUUCCCGAAGCAGAGAACAUUCUGUCUCCUCAGAUCAACAGUAUAAAGCUGGACACCCCAGAAGCAAAUCUAGUUCUGAAUCAUCCUCGGAAAGACAGCCAUCAAAACCGCCACGUGGUAAAGCAAGUUCAGUUUCAUCAUUUGAAAGGAAAUCUAAAUUAAAACCAUCAAGUAGCAAAGCAAGUUCUGGGUCAUCCUCUGAAAGACCACCUAAAUCAAGGCUACCACGUAGCAAGGCAAGUUCUGGGUCAUCCUCUGAAAGACCACCUAAAUCAAGGCUACCGCGUAGCAAGGCAAGUUCUGGGUCAUCCUCUGAAAGACAACCUAAAUCAAGGCUACCACGUAGCAAGGCAAGUUCUGGGUCAUCCUCUGAAAGGCAGCUGGUAUCAAGGCCUCCCCGUAGCAAGACAAGUUCUGUAUCAUCUUUGGAAAUGCAACCUAAAUCAAGGUCACCACAUAGCAAAGCAAGUUCUGGAUCUUCUGUUGAAAGACCACCUAAAUCAAGGCCACUGCAGAGUAAAGCACGUUCUGGAUCUUCCGUUGAAAGACCACCUAAAUCAAGGCCACUGCAGAGUAAAGCAAAUUCUGGGUCAUCCUCUGAAAGACCACUUAAAUUACGGUCACCACGUAGCAAAGAAAGUUCUGACUCCUCAUCGGAAAGACAACCUAAAUCACGAUCACAAUGUAGCAAAGCAAGUCCUAGGUCUUCAUCAGAAAGACAACCUAAAUCAAAGUCACCGCAAAGCAAAGCAAGUCCUGGGUCGUUCUCGGAAAGGCAACUUAAAUCAAGGUCACCAAGGAGCAGAACAAAUUCUACUUCAUCUAUUGAACGGCAGUCAAAAUCUAGACCACCUCAUGGCAAAGCUAUAUCUGGCUCACCAACAAAAUCUAGACCACCACUCAGCAGGGCUAGUUCUGUGUCAUCAGCAGAACGGAAACAGAAAUCUACACUGCCUCGUAGCAGAGAGAGUUCUGCAUCAGCCCAUGAGCAGCAAACAAAACCUAGAAGGCCUCAUAGCAGAUCUAGUUCGGAAUCAUCCCCAGAGAGACUACCAGAAUCUAGACUGGUCUGUAGUAGAUCUCGUUCUGCAUCCUCCCCAGAGCAGAAAUCAAAAUUGAGACCAUUCCACAGUAGAUCUAGUUCAGCAUCAUCCAAAGACAGACAUUCAAAAUCUAGAGCAACCCAUAGUAGAGGAAGUUCUGGCUCCUCACCUGAAAGGCAACAAAAAACUAGAUCUUGUCGUAGAGGUUGUUCUCGUUCUUCCACAGAAAGGGAACAAUCACCUAGAAGCAGAGCUAGUUCACGCCAACAGAACCGAUCAAGAUCUGACUCCUCAGAACGUGCACAUAAAACUGGCUCACCACAACAUAUCACUGCUUCUAAGUCAUCAGAUAGAGACCUUAAAUCUCGGUCGUCAGACCAAGAAUCUAAACGUAGAUUGCAAACUAGUUCUGAGUCGUCUUCCAAAUGUGACUCAUGGAAUCUACAAAAAUAUGGACCAUCUGAGCAAGAGGCCACAUCCAGAACACCUCAACACAAAACAAUUGACCUAGCCAGGUCACCAAAUCUGCCCCAUUCAGAGCUAGAAUUUCAGGCUAAAUCCCCUUCAAGUAAAAUGUAUUUAGACAGUGAAAUGCAAUUUAAAGCUCCUCAGCCAAGUGGGAAAUCUGUGGCAUGUUCUGUACAAGAAGAGGGUUCCAAGUUAUCACCUAAAGUACAGUUUGGUCUCUCCUCUCCUUUGAGAACUCUGCAUAGUGGUUUUGUAUCUCCAUCAUUUGCAAAAAAAGACUACAAGACACCUGAUUUUCUGUUAGAGAAGUCAAUGAAAAAUGCUUCCACUCUUUGUCACAAAGAUGAACAAUCUAAUUGGCAUAAAGCAAAACCCCAUCAAUCUAAAAGCAAAACUGUGCCAUCACCUGAUAGUACUGACGGACAAGUGUCCUCAAAACCUUCAUCUUCUCUGGAAAAGGAGACGCUCUCCUCGAUCGAACAGUUAACUUCAACUUGUGAGAUUGAGAGUUCCAAAAUAUCCUCUCCAAAAACUAACGACGCCAAGGAAAACUCUAUGGAGUCAUCUGAAUUUUGCGUGGGAUUCAAUGUAGCUGAGACUGAACUGAAAGUAUCUGAAUUGCACAAAGAUGAAUUUAUUCAGAAAUCUGAAACCCUGUUAGAUAAGGCUCUUCUUCCAGCUUUAACAUCUGCACAUGAAGCAAGUGGUGUUUUGGAUAGGAAGGGUUCAAAACAAAUGUCUGAAUCUCCUGUAGCUGGAAAAGAAAAGCAGAAAAGUGCUUCGAGGUGGGCAAAAUCAAGCUCUUCAUCCUCCUCCUCUUCAUCUUCCUCUUCAUCAUCAUCGUCCUCUUCAUCGUCCUCUUCCUCCUCUUCAUCCUCAUCUUCCUCUUCAUCAUCAUCAGAGGAUGAAGCGGAGCCUCCACCAAAGCAAACAGGGGUUUCUCUAUCCCCUCCAUCAAAGAAGUUAAAAAUGAGCCAAGGACAUUCACCAUCAAAAUGUUUAGAAAAUGUAGAUCAUGCUAAACUGUCAGAGACCACUGCACACUACAGAACUGAGUUGACUUCUGAAAAGCUUGUAUCCUCACCACAGAGGGCUUCAGCAGGAUAUCCCCCUGCGAUGGUUAGCAAAUACUCUGAAAUUUUGAGAAGCAAUUCAAAGUCACCAGUGCUUACUGAUGUGGAUCUGAAUAACGUGCAGAAAAUUGACUCCCCUGCUCCAUCUUUGGAGAAGCUAGGGUCACCAAUGAGUAAAACAUUGCAAUCGCCAUUACAAAAUGUAAUAGAAUCCCCACCCAGAGAUGUAAUGAAAGAGCUAGCUACAGAACCAAAAGGUGAUCAAUCAAAAUCUCCUGCUCGCAAAAAGAGCAUAUCGCCGAAGAGAAGCAGAUCCAAAUCUCCGUCAAACAGCUCUCCUUCAAUCAUUCCCUCCAAGUGGAGAGAGAUAUCUCUUGAAGGCACUAUAGAUUCUGCCCAAGCACCUCAUGGUGACAGUAGCUCUCCAGUAGCCCAAAAGAAAUCAACAUCUUCUCCUAAAUCUGCCAAGUCCCCAUUGAAAAAAGAGAAUGCUAGCAGCUCUGACUCUUCUUCAGAAGACAGCAGUUCUGACUCUUCCAGCGAGCGCAGUGCUUCUGUAGAACGCUCUACACCAAGUCACGUAGGACCUUUGUCAAGGGUCAGUGUGUCCCAUCCACCCCCUAUACGACGUAUUGCGUCACCAGUCCAACAAGAGAAAUCUGACUCUCCUAGAAAUGAGCGCUUGAUAUCGGGGACUAAUAAAGGUUCAGUGAGACGAAGCCGCUCCUCUUCCUCUUCUAGAUCCUCUUUGAGACAAAAAGAGCGUCUCUUAGAGAGAAAUUCAUAUCCACAGAAAAGAUCUAUGUCACAAACACCUCCCAGAAAAGGAUUAUCAAAAACGCCACCGAGGCGUAGAACAAGAACACCUCCCAGAGCUUUUAGAUCACGUUCUAGGUCAAGGGCUGAAAAACAUUCUCGUAGAGACCGUUCUCGUUCUUCUCCAAGGCGUGGCGCAUCUCGCUCUCCUUCAUGGCAAGAUCGAAGGCGUUGGAUCCGCCGUAGGUCUCCUUCUUCACCCAGGAGAAGGCGCUCUGGUUCUCGUUCCCGUCUAGAUAGGACAUGGCGGUCUCGCCGUGGUCGUUCUGGUUCUUCCCCUUGGAGAGGCAGAUCAAGGUCCUUGUCAAGAAAUGAUCGCUCUCGUUUUCCCCGGCGUGGCAGGUCUCGGUCCUCUCCAAGGAGGAGAUCUCGAUCACCACGUAGGCGAGAAAGGCCAAUGAGUUAUUAUCGACGUGAUAGAUCAAACUCCUCGCCUAGACGCAGACGAUCCAGAACACCACCAAGAAAGUCACGGUCGCCUGGUAAAAGGCCUAGGUCUCGAUCUCUUGACCGAUACAGAAGUUCACAGCGUAGUAAGACAGCAACUUCCCCAAAAAGUGGCCGUUCUCCACCCUCUCCUCGUGGAGAAACGACACGCAGGAAAUCAAUAUCUCCCAGAGCUGUGAAACCCAUGUCUCAGAAAGUUCCUUUGUUGUCAGUGAAAGGCACUAACCCAGAUCUUAAAUCUUGUUCAGCUUCUCCUAUUGUACCAGCUGUGCCAGUGAAGACAUAUCCAGAAAUUUCAGAAGGUGUGAAGUCCCCAUCUCCUCCACUCCUGGAAAAGCAUACAGAUGGACAAACUAAAAUGAUUUCCAUUCAAGAUAUGCCGCCUGGCGAAGCCCUUGCUGACAGCAAAAGUGUUGCUGAACUCCCAAUGGAAAGCAAAAGUCCAUCCAAACAAGAACCAUCUGUAGAUGAAUGUAGUCAGUCACCUCCAAGACUUCUUAGAGUCCCUGCUGCUCCAGAGACUCCACCAACUUCAAGGAGUGGUGAGGACAGUCCUGAACCCGUAAUAUUAUUGGAGAAGACUGAUGAUGCAAACCUUGCUUCACAAAGCAUCCACAACGCAGAAGAUGCCUCUCCAGUGGCAAAAGUUAGAACCUACACCAACCAAGACAAUGUGCAAAAUGGGGAAAACGAGCCCUCCUCACCAGCAAACUUAAAGUCCAUUGUGAGCUUACCUACUGAACAGGAUUCCAUGGAUUCUGUCAAGCAAAAGAGGACAUCUAGCUCCUCAAACAGCUCAUCUUCAUCAAGCUGUGAGUCAGAUGCCAGUCCUCACAAGGUUUCUCCAUCCCUGAAAGACACGUUACAGUCUGCACCACCUUUGGUCAGAAAUCCAAGUCCACUGUUAACAGAUCAGACUAAAGCCAAUGAGGUCUCUGCGCCUCUGGAAGGGCCACAACGUUUAAGGAGCUCUAGCACUUCAUCCUCCUCCUCUUCAUCCUCUUCUGGCUCAUCAUCAGACUCUGAUUCAUCUAGCUCCUCAUCCUCAUCUUCAUCAUCAUCUUCUUCUUCUUCCUCGGGCAAAUCAGUCAACAAAACCAGCAGCAAGAAGGAAGCUUCUCCAGGCCGCCAAAGAUCCCGUAGUCCUCGGAAACCAAUUGAUUCCUUGAGAGACUCUCGUUCAUUGAGUUACUCUCCCCCAGCAAGACGUCGACCAUCUCCGCCCCCAGCACGCAGAAGGGAUCGGGGUUCUGGGAGAGGUCGUGAGUCACCUGAUAGAAAGCGCAGGAGAGAAUCUCCCAGUUCUAGGUACUCUCGCAGACGGACUUCCAGGUCUCCGUGAGCCACUUCUGCCAUUUCCAACAGAAGACCGUGAUUAUUUUUAUUUUGUUUUUGUUUUUUUCUUUCUCAACCCUUCAUCUCUCUCAAAGACUCUGGGAGGUUUUGGGAGUUCAGGGGGUGUUAUCUAAUAAUGUUGGAUGUACCCCUGGCUUUGCUGAAUUGACUGACUGCAGGAUGUUUCACCCUCUGCACAUACAUUGUAUUGUUGUUCCCUGUCUGCCCUCUGUCUGGGGGCAGAAUCCAUGACCCCCUCGAUUGUCUCCAGCGGAGUCAUAAUGUGAAUCUUCAGUCCCAGGAUUAAAUUGCUUAACCCAUUGUCACACGUCUCCUUUCUCCUCUGUGAUGUUCCCUAGCACAGCCAGUGGUAAUGUCACCCAGCGACACUGCCCAAGUCUCCUCUUACCUGUCAUUCACCAUAAACAGUUUCUUAAGCAGUGGAUUUAAACAGUGAAACUUAUUUGUUAUGUGUUUUAUUUCUCCCCCCACCUUUUUUUUUUUUUUUUUUGUAAUCUGUACAGCAAGAAUUCUGUCAAUAAAAGAUCGGGCAAGAGGGCCCAUAACACAAUUUCUAGCCGGAUUUGUUGAGGUUUUGUGAAAAGUGAGAUGCACUCAGUUUGUCCUUUGUUUAAUGAUUGUCUUAUUUACUUUCUUUAACUGUAUUAUGUACAAUCUUGAUUUGGAAGGAGGAAUUGAAAGUUGUGGGCCAGGCUAUAUAAUAUUGUCCUCAAUGCAGAAAUACCAACAGUAGCAUAGGUAGCCAUGUGACCCCACCUCUGCAAAUCGUAAAUGCAGAAUUCCUUUCAAUAGGGCAGUUACAGUUGCAGUCUCUCUGGUCCCGUCCCUCUGAGAUUUCGGUGGGUUUUGGCUGAGUUGUAGAAGGGCAGUACAUCCAGUACAGUGCAGUACUCCGAGGGUAUCCAGGCUCAGCCUCCAUCUUUCCAUCCUGGAACUUCCAGUACUGAGAGCCUUUAAAGAAAUAGGUGCUGCCUGUGGAGAUGUGGGUUAAAUAGGUUACUCCAAGGGGUUAUGUAGGGCAUACUGCUAAUCGGAUCAGUCACUAUUAUGUAAACUGCUGGUGACUGUCCGUUUCAUACACCAUGUUUUGUGCUGGGCUAGAACUCCUACUUAGAAGUAGAAAGGCUGAGAAAAGUUUUGGGAAGGUAGAUGGUUUUAUUUCUACAGUAAGGGAAGAAUGUAUCUUUGGGUCUAAAAGAAAGAUCUAUGCUCCUGGUCUAAAUUAUCUAUCCAACUUUCCUAGAUCAGCUCCUUAUUCAGAUAUCCGACUCUUAGACCAGCUCCUCCUCCACAUGUCUUGCCCUCUUAGACCAGCUCCUCCUCCACAUGUCUUGCCCUCUUAGACCAGCUCCUCCUCCACAUGUCUUGCCCUCUUAGACCAGCUCCUCCUCCACAUGUCUUGCCCUCUUAGACCAGCUCCUCCUCCACAUGUCUUGCCCUCUUAGACCAGCUCCUCCUCCACAUAUCUUGCCCUCUUAGACCAGCUCCUCCUCCACAUAUCUUGCCCUCCUAGACUAGCUCCUCCACAUAUCUUGCCCUCCUAGACUAGCUCCUCCACAUAUCUUGCCCUCCUAGACUAGCUCCUCCACAUAUCUUGCCCUCCUAGACUAGCUCCUCCACAUAUCUUGCCCUCCUAGACUAGCUCCUCCACAUGUCUUGCCCUCCUAGACUAGCUCCUCCUCCACAUAUCUUGCCCUCCUAGACUAGCUCCUCCUCCACAUAUCUUGCCCUCUUAGACCAGCUCCUCCUCCACAUGUCUUGCCCUCUUAGACCAGCUCCUCCUCCACAUGUCUUGCCCUCUUAGACCAGCUCCUCCUCCACAUGUCUUGCCCUCUUAGACCAGCUCCUCCUCCACAUAUCUUGCCCUCUUAGACCAGCUCCUCCUCCACAUAUCUUGCCCUCCUAGACUAGCUCCUCCACAUAUCUUGCCCUCCUAGACUAGCUCCUCCACAUAUCUUGCCCUCCUAGACUAGCUCCUCCACAUAUCUUGCCCUCCUAGACUAGCUCCUCCACAUAUCUUGCCCUCCUAGACUAGCUCCUCCACAUGUCUUGCCCUCCUAGACUAGCUCCUCCUCCACAUGUCUUGCCCUCCUAGACUAGCUCCUCCUCCACAUAUCUUGCCCUCCUAGACUAGCUCCUCCUCCACAUAUCUUGCCCUCUUAGACUAGCUCCUCCUCCACAUAUCUUGCCCUCUUAGACCAGCUCCUCCUCCACAUAUCUUGCCCUCUUAGACCAGCUCCUCCUCCACAUAUCUUGCCCUCAUAGACCAGAUAUUCCUUUUAGACCAGUUAUUAUACCCACUGAGUAUUCUGCCUACUGAGAGCAGCUCCUGUUUUUUUAGACCAGCUCUUACACCAGAUAUCUUGAAAAUAUAUAUAUAUAUAUGAGACUAGAUCAGCUUCUACUGCAAAUAUCCUGUUCUCCUAAACCAGCUCAGUAGUCUCCUCAAAUAUUUGGUUAUUUUUACAAAUGGGUUUCUAGAGGAUGUACUAUUUCACAGACCUACUAGUACACAAUAUAUCUUCUUUAAAUUAUUACACUCAAAGUACAAUGCUGAUACACAAGUAUAAAUGACCGUGUUUCACCAUUUAGGUGUUGCUGUUAAAGCACAUUUUAUUGGCUGAUGGGGAAUUACUUUAUUGACAUUGUCUGAAAAGUGAUAGAGUUCUAUAUGUGUGGAAAACACGGCUAGUUCAUAUUUAUGGUGACUGAUUCACUUUUCAUGACACGUAGUCCAAUCUUCCCCAUAGUAUCCACUGCUUUAUAUUUGGCUAGUAGAAGUAAGAAAAUCAAGUCUGGAUACCUUGGGCCUCCAACUUUCUAAACUGGUAAAUAUUUCGCACUCUCGAGAGACCUUAACUUCCCCAUGUUGUAGUUUGUUUCAGUAUAUUUCAUGUGGUAUAUUUUUGGUGAUUAUUUCUUUCCUUAUAAAUAUUUGUAUAUUUGAGCCUAUGAUUAUUAAAAUAGAAGAUUUAUUUG